AUGGCAGGCGGAGGCUCCGGGUGCGGCGCUGCUUCGGGCAGCUCUUCCACAAAGCCUCUGCUGCCUCCACUUGUACCUGCAACAGUCCGCACAACCACCAAAAUCACCCCGGUGGCAACAACCCCCAGACAGCAGACAGUAAUUUCCUCCAUGGCACCCCAGUUGACAACCACUCUGCCAACGCCAGCCCAAACAACAACCCCAAUCCCAGCGGUUGAACAAUUCACCGUCAAUUUCACCGUCACCAACCUCAAGUACAGGGAAGAGAUGGGAACUCACAAUUCCAGAAUAUUUAAUGCAACGGAGAGUGAUCUCAUCCGCCUGCUUGACAGAAUUCUCCUCAACAGCAGCAUUGGCCCGGCAUAUCUGAGGUGCAAAGUGACUCAACUCAGACCGGUGAGAGACGGGGAUGAAACCGGAAUGGAUGCCGUCUGCAGUUACCGCAAUAACUCCACCACGCCCGCCUUUGACCGAGUGAAGGUGUACCACGAAAUUGUCAAACAGACCAACGGUUUCACUGAGAUGGGGCAAUACUAUCUGAGAAGAUACAGCCUCCAUGUCAACGGUUAUCAUGAAGACCCUCCUGAAACAACCACUCUGCCCACACCAGUCCAAACAACAACCCCAAUUCCAGCGGUGGAACAAUUCACUGUCAACUUCACCGUCACCAACCUCAAGUACAGGGAAGAGAUGGGACAACCCAAUUCUACGGUGUUCAACACAACAGAAAGAGCACUCAUCGCAGUGCUUGACAAAUUCCUCAGCAACAGCAGCAUUGGCCCUGCGUAUCUGGGGUGCAAAGUGACUCAGCUCAGACCAGUGAAGAAUGGGGAUGAAACUGGAAUGGACGCCGUCUGCACUUACCGCAAUGACUCCACCACCCCCGUCUUUGACCGAGUGAAGGUGUACCAUGAAAUCGUCAACCAGACGGACAACCUCAGGAAGAUGGGGCCCUAUGAGGUGGAAAGAUACAGCCUCUAUGUCAAUGGUUAUCAUGAAGACCCUCCUGAAACAACCACUCUGCCAACGCCAGCCCAAACAACAACCCCAAUCCCAGCGGUUGAACAAUUUACCGUCAAUUUCACCGUCACCAACCUCAAGUACAGGGAAGAGAUGGGAACUCACAAUUCCAGAAUAUUCAAUGCAACGGAGAGUGAUCUGAUCCGCCUGCUUGACAGAAUUCUCCUCAACAGCAGCAUUGGCCCGGCAUAUCUGAGGUGCAAAGUGACUCAACUCAGACCGGUGAGAGAUGGGGAUGAAACCGGAAUGGAUGCCGUCUGCACUUACCGCAAUGACUCCACCACGCCCGCCUUUGACCGAGUGAAGGUGUACCACGAAAUCGUCAACCAGACCAACGGUUUCACUGAGAUGGGGCAAUACUAUCUGGGAAGAUACAGCCUCCAUGUCAACGGUUAUCAUGAAGACCCUCCUGAAACAACCACUCUGCCCACACCAGCCCAAACAACAACCCCAAUUCCAGCGGUUGAACAAUUCACCGUCAACUUCACUGUCACCAACCUCAAGUACAAGGAAGAGAUGGGACAACCCAGUUCUACAGUGUUCAACACAACGGAAAGAGCACUCAUCGCAGUGCUUGGCAAAUUCCUCAGCAACAGCAGCAUUGGCCCUGCGUAUCUGGGGUGCAAGGUGACUCAGCUCAGACCAGUGAAGAAUGGGGAUGAAACUGGAAUGGACGCCGUCUGCACUUACCGCAAUGACUCCACCACCCCCGUCUUUGACCGAGUGAAGGUGUACCAUGAAAUCGUCAACCAGACGGACAACCUCAGGAAGAUGGGACCCUAUGAGGUGGAAAGAUACAGCCUCUACGUCAACGGUUAUCAUGAAGACCCUCCUGAAACAACCACUCUGCCCACACCAGCCCAAACAACAACCCCAAUUCCAGCGGUUGAACAAUUCACCGUCAACUUCACUGUCACCAACCUCAAGUACAAGGAAGAGAUGGGACAACCCAGUUCUACAGUGUUCAACACAACGGAAAGAGCACUCAUCACAGUGCUUGGCAAAUUCCUCAGCAACAGCAGCAUUGGCCCUGCGUAUCUGGGGUGCAAGAUGACUCAGCUCAGACCAGUGAAGAAUGGGGAUGAAACUGGAAUGGACGCCGUCUGCACUUACCGCAAUGACUCCACCACACCCGUCUUUGACCGAGUGAAGGUGUACCAUGAAAUCGUCAACCAGACGGACAACCUCAGGAAGAUGGGGCCCUAUGAGGUGGAAAGAUACAGCCUCUACGUCAACGGUUAUCAUGAAGACCCUCCUGAAACAACCACUCUGCCCACACCAGCCCUAACAACAACCCCAAUUCCAGCGGUUGAACAAUUCACCGUCAAUUUCACCGUCACCAACCUCAAGUACAGGGAAGAGAUGGGACAACCCAAUUCUACAGUGUUCAACACAACAGAAAGAGCACUCAUCGCAGUGCUUGGCAAAUUCCUCAGCAACAGCAGCAUUGGCCCUGCGUAUCUGGGGUGCAAGGUGACUCAGCUCAGACCAGUGAAGAAUGGGGAUGAAACUGGAAUGGACGCCGUCUGCACUUACCGCAAUGACUCCACCACACCCGUCUUUGACCGAAUGAAGGUGUACCAUGAAAUCGUCAACCAGACGGACAACCUCAGGAAGAUGGGACCCUAUGAGGUGGAAAGAUACAGCCUCUAUGUCAACGGUUAUCAUGAAGACCCUCCUGAAACAACCACUCUGCCCACGCCAGCCCAAACAACAACCCCAAUUCCAGCGGUUGAACAAUUCACCGUCAACUUCACUGUCACCAACCUCAAGUACAGGGAAGAGAUGGGACAACCCAAUUCUACAGUGUUCAACACAACGGAAAGAGCACUCAUCGCAGUGCUUGGCAAAUUCCUCAGCAACAGCAGCAUUGGCCCUGCGUAUCUGGGGUGCAAGGUGACUCAGCUCAGACCAGUGAAGAAUGGGGAUGAAACUGGAAUGGAUGCCGUCUGCACUUACCGCAAUGACUCCACCACCCCUGUCUUUGACCGAGUGAAGGUGUACCAUGAAAUCGUCAACCAGACGGACAACCUCAGGAAGAUGGGGUCCUAUGAGGUGGAAAGAUACAGCCUCUACGUGAACGGUUAUCAUGAAGACCCUCCUGAAACAACCACUUUGCCAGCACCAACACAAACGCCAAGCCCGACCACAGUGUUUGAACACUUCACCCUCAACUGUACCAUAACCAACCUCAGAUACAAGCCAGAAAUGGGAAUUCCCAACUCAAAGGCCUUCAACGCUACGGAGAAAGCGCUCACCAUGCUGUUUGGAAGAAUUCUCCGCAACAGCAGCAUUGGCCCGGCGUAUGUGGGAUGCAAAGUGACUCAGCUCAGACCUGUGAGGAAUGGAGAUGAAACCGGAAUGGAUGCCGUCUGCACUUACCGCAACGACUCCACCACGCCCGUCUUUGACCGGGUGAAGGUGUACCAUGAGAUCGUCAACCAGACCAACGAUUUCACCGACAUGGGUCCCUACCGCACGGAAAGAUACAGCCUCUAUGUCAAUGGUUAUCAUGAGGUCCCAGUUGAACCAACCACUCUGCCAACGCCAACACAAACGCCAGCCCCAGUCCCAACACUUCUACACUUCACUCUCAACUGUACCGUAACCAACCUCAGAUACAAGCCAGAAAUGGGAACUCCCAACUCAAAGGCCUUCAACGCUACGGAGAAAGCGCUCACCAUGCUUUUUGGAAGAAUUCUCCGCAACAGCAGCAUUGGCCCGGCGUAUGUGGGAUGCAAAGUGACUCAGCUCAGACCGGUGAGAGACGGGGAUGAAACAGGAAUGGACACUGUCUGCACUUACCGCAACGACUCCACCAUGCCCACCUUUGACCGAGUGAAGGUGUACCAUGAGAUCGUCAACCAGACCGAUGGUUUCACCAAGAUGACUCCAUACCGCACGGAAAGAUACAGCCUCUAUGUCAACGGUAACCUAGUGUUUCUUAAAGAUUUCAUGUACAUAGAUUACCUCUUUGUGUGCCCCUCCACCAGCCCUGACACCAGCCCCAACCCUGCAGUUGAACCCUUCACCGUCAACUGGACCGUAACCAACCUCAGGUAUAACCCAGAAAUGGGGACACCCAAUUCAAAGGCCUUCAACGCUACAGAGAGAGCUCUCGUCACGUUGCUGGGAAGAAUUCUCCGCAACAGCAGCAUUGGCCCGGCGUAUGUGGGAUGCAAAGUGACUCAGCUCAGACCUGUGAGAGACGGGGAUGAAACCGGAAUGGAUGCCGUCUGCACUUACCGCAACGACUCCACCACGCCCGCCUUUGACCGGGUGAAGGUGUACCAUGAGAUCGUCAACCAGACCAACGAUUUCACCAACAUGGGUCCCUACCGCACGGAAAGAUACAGCCUCUAUGUCAAUGGUUAUCAUGAAGUCCCAGUUGAACCAACCACUCUGCCAACGCCAACACAAACGCCAGCCCCAAUCCCAACACUUCAACACUUCACUCUCAACUGUACCGUAACCAACCUCAGAUACAAGCCAGAAAUGGGAACUCCCAAGUCAAAGGCCUUCAACGCUACGGAGAAAGCGCUCACCAUGCUGUUUGGAAGAAUUCUCCGCAACAGCAGCAUUGGCCCGGCGUAUGUGGGAUGCAAAGUGACUCAGCUCAGACCUGUGAGAGACGGGGAUGAAACCGGAAUGGAUGCCGUCUGCACUUACCGCAACGACUCCACCACGCCCGCCUUUGACCAGGUGAAGGUGUACCAUGAGAUCGUCAACCAGACCAACGAUUUCACCAACAUGGGUCCCUACCGCACGGAAAGAUACAGCCUCUAUGUCAAUGGUUAUCAUGGAGUCCCAGUUGAACCAACCACUCUGCCAACGCCAACACAAACGCCAGCCCCAAUCCCAACACUUCAACACUUCACUCUCAACUGUACCGUAACCAACCUCAGAUACAAGCCAGAAAUGGGAACUCCCAACUCAAAGGCCUUCAACGCUACGGAGAAAGCGCUCACCAUGCUGUUUGGAAGAAUUCUCCGCAACAGCAGCAUUGGCCCGGCGUAUGUGGGAUGCAAAGUGACUCAGCUCAGACCGGUGAGAGACGGGGAUGAAACAGGAAUGGACGCUGUCUGCACUUACCGCAACGACUCCACCAUGCCCACCUUUGACCGAGUGAAGGUGUACCAUGAGAUCGUCAACCAGACCGACGGUUUCACCAAGAUGACUCCAUACCGCACGGAAAGAUACAGCCUCUAUGUCAACGGUUAUUAUGAAGUCCCAGUUGAACCAACCCCUCCACCAGCCCCUCCACCAGCCCCAACCCUGGCAGUUGAACCCUUCACCGUCAACUGGACCGUAACCAACCUCAGGUAUAACCCAGAAAUGGGGACACCCAAUUCAAAGGCCUUCAACGCUACAGAGAAAGCUCUCGUCACGUUGCUGGGAAGAAUUCUCCGCAACAGCAGCAUUGGCCCGGCGUAUGUGGGAUGCAAAGUGACUCAGCUCAGACCUGUGAGAGACGGGGAUGAAACCGGAAUGGAUGCCGUCUGCACUUACCGCAACGACUCCACCACGCCCGCCUUUGACCGGGUGAAGGUGUACCAUGAGAUCGUCAACCAGACCAACGAUUUCACCAACAUGGGUCCCUACCGCACGGAAAGAUAUAGCCUCUAUGUCAAUGGUUAUCAUGAAGUCCCAGUUGAACCAACCACUCUGCCAACGCCAACACAAACGCCAGCCCCAGUCCCAACACUUCAACACUUCACCCUCAACUGUACUGUAACCAACCUCAGAUACAAGCCAGAAAUGGGAACUCCCAAGUCAAAGGCCUUCAACGCUACGGAGAAAGCGCUCACCAUGCUGUUUGGAAGAAUUCUCCGCAACAGCAGCAUUGGCCCGGCGUAUGUGGGAUGCAAAGUGACUCAGCUCAGACCUGUGAGGAAUGGGGAUGAAACCGGAAUGGAUGCCGUCUGCACUUACCGCAACGACUCCACCACGCCCGCCUUUGACCGGGUGAAGGUGUACCAUGAGAUCGUCAACCAGACCAACGAUUUCACCGACAUGGGUCCCUACCGCACGGAAAGAUACAGCCUCUAUGUCAAUGGUUAUCAUGAAGUCCCAGUUGAACCAACCACUCUGCCAACGCCAACACAAACGCCAGCCCCAAUCCCAACACUUCAACACUUCACUCUCAACUGUACCGUAACCAACCUCAGAUACAAGCCAGAAAUGGGAACUCCCAAGUCAAAGGCCUUCAACGCUACGGAGAAAGCGCUCACCAUGCUGUUUGGAAGAAUUCUCCGCAAAAGCAGCGUUGGCCCGGCGUAUGUGGGAUGCGAAGUGACUCAGCUCAGGCCGGUGAGAGACGGGGAUGAAACAGGAAUGGACGCUGUCUGCACUUACCGCAACAACUCCACCAUGCCCACCUUUGACCGAGUGAAGGUGUACCAUGAGAUCGUCAACCAGACCGAUGGUUUCACCAGGAUGACUCCCUACCGCACAGAAAGAUACAGCCUCUACGUCAACGGCUAUAACGAACAGCCUCGCGAAACAACUGUUUUGCCCCCAGUGCCAACCAAAGCACCAACCCCAACCCCAACCCUGGCAGUUGAACGAUUCACUGUGAACUGCACCGUAACCAACCUCAGAUACAAGCCGGAGAUGGGAACUCCCAAUUCGAAGGCAUUCAACUCCACAGAGAAAGCACUCACCACCCUGCUCGGCAGAAUCUUCUCCGUAAGCAGUAUCGGCCGAGAGUAUUCAGGAUGCAAAAUCACAGCUUUGAAACCAGUGAGAGACGGGGAUGAAACUGGAAUGGACGCCGUCUGCACAUACCGCAAUGACUCCACCACCCCCGUCUUCGACCGAAUGAAGGUAUACCAUGAAAUCGUCAACCGGACGGACAACUUCAGGAAGAUGGGGCCCUAUGAGGUGGAAAGAUACAGCCUCUACGUCAAUGGCUACAAUGAGCAACCUCUCAAACCAACUGUUUCGCCCCCAGUACCAACCAAAGCACAAACCCCAACCCUGGCAGUUGAACGAUUCACUGUGAACUGCACCAUAACCAACCUCAGAUACAAGCCGGAGAUGGGAACUCCCAAUUCGAAGGCGUUCAACUCCACAGAGAGAGCACUCACCACCCUGUUUGGAAGAAUCCUCCGCAGUAGCAGUAUCGGCACGGCGUUUAUGGGAUGCAAAGUGUCAACUCUGAGACCGGUGCAAAACGGGGACGAAACCGGGAUGGAUGCCGUCUGUUCUUACCGGAACAGCUCUGCUGCACCGGUGUUCGACCGAAUGAUUGUGUAUCACGAAAUCGUUAACCGGACAAGGAGCUUCAGCAAGAUGGGGCCCUACGACUUGAAGAGAUACAGUCUCCAUGUCAACGGAUAUAAUGAAGUCCCUCUGGAACCAACUGCCCCACCCUCCACUCCUCGACCUCCAACGGCAGUGGAUCACUUUACGAUGAACUACACCGUGACGAACCUCAUCUACAAGCCAGAGAUGGGCACUCCCCAGUCGAAGGCGUUCAACGCGACGGAGAAGGCCCUGUCAGCACUGAUGGGUCGAGCAGUGCGGACAGGCAGCGUUGGACCUGCGCUCAUGGGAUGCAGAGUUUCAGAGUUCAGAUCCAUAGAUGACGGGAAGAACACUGGUGUGGACAGCGUCUGCAGUUACCAGAGAGACUUGAUGGCAUCCCCUUUUGACCGGACGCAGGUAUAUCGGGAGAUUGUCAACAAGACAAAGGACUUCAACAAGAUGGGGCCCUACGACCUGGACCAGGACAGCCUCCUUGUGAAUGGUUAUCAUGAACCAUCUCGCCAACCCGGCUUUGUCCCAACUCCUCGCCACCCUCCAGCCACUGAACGCUUCACGGUCAACCUCACUCUGACCAACCUCAGAUACAAGGCGGAGAUGGGGGAUCCGAGUUCGAAAGCUUUCACUUCCACACAGAGAGUUGUAACCACUUUGCUGGGCCAGAUGCUGAAGAAAAGCAGCAUUGGAGACGCCUUUUCCAGAUGCAACGUUACGGCUCUACGGUCUUCGGAUGGUGGGACGGCAACUGCGGUGGACACAGUCUGCAGCUACCAGCGAGAUAUGAUGGCGUCACAAUUCGACCGGGUGAAGGUGUACCGGGAGCUGAUAAAUAAGACCAAUGGCUCCACCAAGAUGGGGCCCUACACUCUAGACAAGGACAGCCUCUACGUCAAUGGUUACAGCGACCUGCGUAGCGUUCCGUAUCUCCCCGCAGCGACCCCUGCCAAGAUACCAACUUUGCGGAAUUUCACGGUCAACUACACCUUGUCCAGCCUCCCGUACACGAAUGACAUGGGGACCCCUGGUUCUCGCAAGUUCAACGCCACGGAGAAAGCCCUGAACUUCUACAUGGAGCCCCUUCUCAAGAAAACACACGUUGGCCCGGCAUUUGCGAACUGCCAAGUGGAGAGAUUUCGGGCUCCACAAACCAGGCACGCCGUGGCGGUGGACACCGUCUGCGCCUACUGGGAAGACCUCCUCCCUGCACCCUUUGACCAGGCGAAGCUUCACCAGGAGAUCAGCAACCUGACGAGGGACGGCACGAGGCUCGGCCACUACAGCCUGGAGGAGGACAGCCUGUCUGUGAAUGGAUACCCGCCAGCCCUCAGAGGAGGAGCAGAAGGGGUCGGCUAUGAGCUCGGCUUCACGAUUGUCAACCAGAACUUGACCCACACGGACCCGUCCUCUCCAGAAUACCAGCGCGUGAAGUCUGCCAUCGCCCAUGAGUUAAAUCAACUCUUCCUCCGGAGUGCCAUCCGAAAUGGAUUCAACAUUUGCCAAGUAACUGGACUGAGGUCAGUACCGAUAGAAAGGAAAGUGUAA